AUGCCAAUGGCUCGGUGGCCGGGCACCUCACGAGCUCUGCGAGGAGCGUCGCUGGGCCUCGCCGUGCCGCAGUGGCAAGGGGCCGGGGUACUCGGCACAGGCACGGUGGAUGCGCUUCGAGGUGCCGAGCUGGCUCGCGAGGUCUUGCUGGAGAGCCUUCCUUCGACGGUUCCCAUGCACCAGCUUCCAGUUCCAGAGCCGGAGGAGGGAGAGGAAGAGGAUUCCGUGAAGUUCCGGCGAAGCCUGCGAAAAGUGUUGGCAUCGGCAUCGGAGCUUCUCAGGGCCGAGCAGCCCGCGCAGGUUUGGACAGUCGGCGGCGACUGCUCCGUGGAUCUGACGCCCAUCUCUUACUUGGCUGAAAGGUACGGCGAACGGCUCUGUGUCGCCUAUGUGGAUGCUCACUGUGACUUGAACAAAGAGGUCGAGUCACCUUCUGGCCACUUCCAUGGCAUGAGCCUGCGUGCAGCUUUGGGUGAAGGGCCGCAGGGCUUACGAGCACCUUUCCAGGCAUUGGGUCCGGAACGCUUGGUGAUGCUAGGCAUUCGCGAUGCGGAUCCUGCCGAGGAGCAGUUUAUCCAAGAGGCGAAGGUGAAGAGGCUGACAACGAGGGAUCUUCAAUCCAACUUGGAGGACGCAAUCAGAGUCGUGACAGAUAUGGCUGGACCGACCGGCCUUCUGCAUGUUCAUCUCGACCUGGAUGUGAUGGAGCCAUCGGCGUUUCCCCAUGUGAACGUCCCUACAGCAGGAGGGCUGAUGCCUGCCGAGCUGAAGGCCCUGCUGGGCCGCCUCAGUAGUGCCUUUGCUGGGCGCAUUUGUGGUACAACUGUGACGGAGCUGCGGCUGAGGGACGAGGCGGACCUCGAGAGGGCGGACUGGACUUGGCGGGUCAGGUUUCCGCCUGGCAACCUCCGGAGUGACCUCUGGCUGCGUCGGAAAAAUUCGGAGUCGGCGGGCGCUGGUCCACACAGCUUUACAAGAUCCUACAAGCAACUUCGCAAUUUGUUCCAGGAGGACCUGCGGCUGCGCUCCACAGUGCUGCUGGAAUGGGCCGCAGCCGACCUUUUCAGCCGCUUUACUCUCCAGGCCAUCCUGGAGAUUGUCGUUGCCCUAUUGCUCGAGUUCCGCGUAGUCGUGGUCUCCCAAUCCCCGGAGUUGGCCUCCAAGUUGGUGCUCGGCUUGAGCUCGCUUCUGUGGCCUUUCAGUUGGCAGCAUCUUCUUCUCCCGAUCUGCCCGGCAUACCUUCAGGAGGCCAUCAUAGAUGCCCCAGUGCCUUUCAUCUCCGCCCUGCCAGAGGUCACUCCGCAGGUGGCGACUGCCAGUGGGACGGCUCCGCCACGAGCCAAGCUUUUACGAGGCAGAUGA